AUUGAUAAAUUUAAAAUUAAAAACAAAGAGAUUUAAGUUGCAAGAAAUAAAGGCCUUUAUUUAUCUUAUAUACAACAUCGAAUUUCCGGCAAUUUGACAUGACUAAAUAUACAUAAAUACUAACCGGUUUUAUUGAAAGACUGAUCAUUUGUUUAUGAAUAGUAACUUAUACAGAUAAGUUUUAAUACAAUUAUCCAAAAUGAAAGCUUUUUACAUAGGAAUUAUUUUUGUGAUUUUAUCACUUAAACACAUACUAGUCAGUAGCACGAAAUCAUCAGUCUCAUCCACAUCGUUUUGCACAAAAGAAGAUCAUUCUUGUAAAAACGCUAUACCUAUUAAUAAAAUGAAUCAAGCUCGUUAUGAUUUUUAUCGCAUUUAUUAUGUUCAUCUGGACACAGAAGAACAAGUAAAAGUUUUCCAAGAUUUAGAAGCAAAAAGUGAUAGUCAUACCUUCUAUGGACACGCAAGGCAUACAGAUCAAAAGCUUACAAUUAUGGUAGCAGCACAUAAAAUUGCUGACUUUGUUGAUUUGUUGGAAUUGUAUAAAGUAGAGCACCGUGUUCUGACCUAUAAUUUCCAAGAAAAAAUUGAUCGUCAAAAUCUUGAUGUGCAACCGAAAAAUAUAUCGCCAAAUCGAUUUGAUUGGGAUCAUUAUUUUCAUUUAGAAACUAUAUAUGAUUGGCUAGCUUUGCAAGCAAAAGAUCACAAAUUAGAAUUGAUAGAGAUGGGAAACAGUCAUGAAGGGAUUCCAAUUAAGGGAAUAAAAUUUAUAAGUAAUCCUAGUAAUCCAACAGUUUUCAUUGAAAGUGGAAUACACGCUCGGGAAUGGAUUGCUCCUGCUACUGCAACAUUUCUUCUUAACGAACUGCUAACAUCUACAGACAAUAAAAUUAAGAAAUAUGCACAAAAACUUAAUUGGGUAAUUUUUCCUGUAGUAAAUCCAGACGGUUAUAAAUAUACAUUUGAAAAAGACCGUAUGUGGCGUAAAAAUCGCCGCUUCUUUGGUUUAUGCCGAGGAGUAGAUCUAAACAGAAAUUUUCCUUUCCAUUGGAAUGAAACUGGUUCGAGCGACGAUCAAUGUGCUUAUGAUUAUGCUGGACCUGAAGGAGCCAGUGAAGAUGAAACUAAAUGUAUCAUUAAAUUUAUUGAAGAUAAUAUUAGUAAAUUGAAUAUUAAAACAUAUAUCGCGCUACAUUCAUUUUCACAAUUAAUAAUGUUUCCUUACGGAUUUACACCUGAAAAAGUUGAAAACUAUAACGAUUUGAAAGCUAUUGGAGAUAAGGCGGUUGAAUCUAUUAAAGAAGUAACUGGAAAAGUAUAUAAAAGUGGGAGUCUCUAUGAAACCAUAUAUCCCUCAAGCGGCGGAAGCAAAGACUGGUCUCAUGCUAUUGGUAAAAUUCCAAUAACUUACACGUUUGAAUUAAGAGGUGCCCCAGAUAGCGAAGAUCUAUUCAUUUUGCCAGCUAGUGAAAUUCGAGAUACUGGUAAAGAAGCUGUUGCUGCUAUUAUGACUAUCGUAGAGGAAGCUGAUAAAAGAGGAUACUAUAACAAUUAAUUUUUUAUGAUAAAGAAAUCUAGAAAAAAUGGGUUUUAUAAAAUAAGUACUCGUUUCUUUGUCGUAAAUCAAAUUAUUUUUAUUACAAAAAGUAAAAUGUAAAGGUGCCACAUAUAAAAAAUGUUAUCACAAUAAACUUUUUUGUUAUUCUUAA